AUGACACAAUUAAACGCAAAACCAAAGGCCGAGGAAUCAGCACCACUCCAUGUACUGAUCAUUGGUGCCGGAGUGGUCGGCACCACCCUCGCUCAAGCUCUUCGCAAGUAUAAUAUUCCAUUCACAGUGUUCGAGCGCGACAUUUCCGCCACUUCCAGAGGGCAAGGCUGGGGAAUCACAAUCCACUGGGCGCUUCCAAGCCUGGACAUAUGCCUCCCCACACAUAUCCGAGAGAAGCUCUCCGAUAUUCAGACAGGGGCAGUGGAAAGUAAGGUGCCGCCGAACAAAAGGUUAAGGAUCAAGAGGGAGGGAUUGAGAAAGUUGUUGUCUGAGGAUAUUCCUGUUCAGUGGAACAAGAAGCUUGUAAAUUUUGAGACCACGGACAACGGUGUGACAGCGUUCUUUGAAGAUGGGACUACAGCAUCAGGGAGCAUCAUUAUUGGCGCUGAAGGGUCGAGAUCUCGAACCCGUGAAAUAAUUUGCCCAGAUAUGUAUCAGCUGCAGCCUCUCCCAAUCCGGAGCAGUGGGCUCGCAGUUCAAUUCACGCCUGAACAGGCCGCUCCGCUCCGAGCCUAUGAUCCGCUCCUAUUCCAGGGAAUGCAUCCAGUGACCGAGGCCUUUCUCUGGUUCUCCACGAUCGACACACCACAAACCAAUGCAACAGGUGGAGAUUACUAUACCAUCCAACUCAUCAUCUCCUGGCGACCCGCACCCGGCGAGGAAGCACCAAGAAACUCGACAGAGAGACUCGAGAAAAUGAAGCAGCAAGCAGCUGAGUUUGCAGAGCCUUUUAGAAGUGCUAUAAUGGCUGUUCCCGAGGGGACGGAGGUGACCGAUGUCAGACUGGCAGAUUGGCCAUGUCUAGAGUGGGAUAAUCGGCAUGGAAGAGCGACGCUGGUGGGAGAUGCCGCACAUGCUAUGACUAUGUACCGCGGAGAGGCUGCGAAUCAUGGAAUUAUGGAUGCGGCAAAGUUGGUGGGUAAGUUGGUAGAGGUUCAUGAGGGAAAGGUGGGGUUGAGAGAAGCAGUGGAUGAUUACGAGGAAGAAGUUCGGGCGAGAACAAGGCCGGCGGUGUUGUUGAGUAGAAAGGCCUGUAUAGAUGCCCAUGAUUGGAAAACAGCGAUGGGGGGAGAGUCCCCAUUGUUGGCAAGAAGAGCGGUGUCAUUGACGAAGGAUGCCUAG